GUGGCGCACUCUCGGUGCCGGGCAUCAGCUGCGAGGAGAGCCAGAGCCCAUCUUCUCUUCUCAUCCUAGUGCGCGCUUCUCGCCUGCACUAGCUAUAGCCAGCGGUACAGUAGGCACUGUGCGCGCGGCAACGGGAGCGAGGAGAGCCGAGGCUAGCUAGCUAAAGAGAGAUAAAUACGCGAGGGUACACGGAGUAGUGAGAGAGGAAGAAAGAGGAGCACACAAGAGGGAGGGAGGUAGCAGCACUGCAGCAGCCACCCAUGACGAUGAGGCAGUCGAGGUUCAAGAGGAUCUGCGUCUUCUGCGGCAGCAGCCAGGGCAAGAAGCGGAGCUACCAUGACGCCGCCAUUGAGCUCGGCAACGAGCUGGUGGCCCGGAGCGUCGACCUGGUGUACGGCGGCGGCAGCAUCGGGCUCAUGGGGCUCGUCUCCCAGGCCGUGUACGACGGCGGCCGCCACGUCAUCGGGGUCAUUCCCAAGACGCUCAUGACACCAGAGAUAAGCGGCGAGACGGUCGGGGAGGUGCGGCCGGUGGCCGACAUGCACCAGAGGAAGGCGGAGAUGGCGCGGCAGUCCGACGCAUUCAUCGCGCUGCCCGGAGGGUAUGGGACGCUGGAGGAGCUGCUCGAGGUCAUCACGUGGGCGCAGCUGGGCAUCCAUCACAAGCCGGUCGGGCUACUGAACGUGGACGGCUACUACAACUCGCUGCUGACCUUCAUCGACAAGGCCGUGGAGGAAGGGUUCAUCAACCCCAGCGCCCGCCGCAUCAUCGUGCUCGCGCCCACCGCGCAGGAGCUCAUGGACAAGCUCGAGGAGUACGUGCCUUAUCACGACAGGGUGGCGUCCACGCUCAACUGGGAGAUGGGCCACCUAGGCUACUGACGCCGCGUGGCCCACGCAUAGCCUGCGGCGGCGGCGGGGCGGCGGCGCCUGAAGCAAUCAACUAGUCAAGAAGAAUGGGCAGGCGAUUGGAACCGUGGAUCGGUGAAGGAAGAAACGAAGCUUAGCUAGCCGUCAGAUUGGGAUUUUAUUUUUUUGCCUUUUUAACUUGACGCAGAUCGGUUUGGAGUGCUGGAAGAAGAAGAAGAAGAAAGAAGAAGGUUUGGUUGGUGUAGCAAGAGUGUCCGUUUGUAUAUGAUGAUGGCCUAUGUGUUUGCUUCCACCGGGGAUGGCUUGCAAUGCUGUAGCAGUGAGAAGGACCUGACCGGUUUCCCCCAUUCCCCUGCUGUACGUUCUAGUAGCAGCAGUAGUAUUAGCAGCUGGUGCCUGCCUAUGUAUGUUAGUUUCAUGAUGCUGGAUUCGAUUGACUACAGCAACUCCGCAAGUGUGUUAUACAAUGCAGUGCAGAUCUUUUGGAUCAGACA